GUCGUAAGUCGGCUUGGACUUUCCUAAAUGUCGGAAAAAGAAAUUCAAACAAGCCCUUAUUACGUAAAGAAGAAAUCUUUUACCCGGGAACCCACUUUUGGAGGCCACCACCGAAAUGGCGGCAGAGUCGGACGCCAAAACUUCUUCCGGCGGCUACUCCUCCGCCAACGACGGCAGUACGGUGGAGGAGUGCCAAGACAUGAUCCGGAGAAGUCAAAGAACUCCAAUGGUGAAAUUUUUAAGGGAACAUUUGGAGAAAUCCGGAUGCGAAAUUCGGGAUAAUUUCAUCAAAGCCAUCCACUGUGAUAAACAGAUCAGCGGUGGUUACGUUCGCGGUGAAGGGAUAAUGGUAUGUAGUAAUCAUAUGAACUUCCAAGAUGAGGUAAACCAAGUGGUUAUCCAUGAGCUCAUUCAUGCAUAUGACGAUUGUCGUGCUGCAAACUUGGAUUGGGCUAAUUGUGCUCACCAUGCUUGUAGUGAGAUUCGGGCUGGCCAUUUAAGUGGUGAUUGCCACUACAAACGAGAGUUGCUUCGUGGUUUUGUGAAGAUACGAGGUCAUGAGCAGGACUGUGUGAGAAGAAGGGUUAUGAAAUCGGUGAUUGCUAACCCUUACUGCUCAGAAGCAGCUGCCAAGGACGCCAUGGAAGCUGUCUGGGAUGUUUGUUACAACGACACAAAACCCUUUGACAGAGCUCCUUGAAACACCAGAAGAAGUACUGCAUCUCUCCCAUUUGGCUUACUCAGUGGCUUCGAGUCAUGAUUUUGACCCUGGCUAAUCGCAGGAUAGUUAGUUUUCUGUACCCUUUCUAUUGUUUGAGUUACAUCUGACAGUGUGUGAAAAAGAAUGGUUAGUUCUUUCAAGUUUUUCCUUCAUUUUCACAGCAAGUUGAAAGGAGGAUAUGACCAAUCUUUUCUUUUUCUUUUCUUAAAAACUAGAGUAUCGUAUACAAAUGAUUUGGCUGGGCUGCAUUCAUAUUCAGGUUUUCCCCAUCUGGUUCCUCAUUUUUCUGAAGGGAAAAUCAACUGCAGUUAUAAAAUAUACCUUUUUUUUAAAUAGUCGGAUUUGCUUUGGAGUGAACCCAUGUCGUACUAGCCACGAGAUAGAUCUUUCAAAGAACAAGGCCUGUUGAUGUAGGACAAAAAUGGAGAGUUUUUGUAUUUUAUUUUCUUUGUUUUAGAAUAAGAUUUUGGUUAGGAAUAUUUCCGUUUAGGUUAGAAUUAUUAACUUUCCGUAUUCGGUUUAAUUUUGAUUUUUGCCUUUAUUAGAAUUCUUGGUCUACAAGAAUUAAGAUUUUAUUUUAAUUAAUUAGGAACUAUGUUUUAUUUAAUGCCGCUUGUUUUGGCAUGAUUUAUUAUUUCUUUUACAGUAGGAUUUCUAGGGUUAGGGUCUUAUAAAAAGGGCUGUAACCUAUUCAAUUAUUAGACUUUUAUAACUUUUAUCAAUAAUAUUGCAGAGAUUUUCUCUUUC